AUGAAAGAAACGGCAGCAACAGAUGGCCCUGAAGGAACUGUUUCCAGCAAAACACAGGAGUCAUUGGUACUUCUCGAACGAGGUACGGAACAGCUACGAGAUAACGUUAAGAAUGUAAACGAGGACUAUCUUGGUGACAUUGACCUGUGUACGCUGUUAACAACUCAGGUGGAGAACCUUCAUGCAGUCUCCCACUCAUCGCGUAGAAUGCCUAUUGUUCUCGGGACAUUUACUUGCAGUAGCGAAAAAAUUAUAGAUCCGAAAUUAGCGGCGAAAGAUAUUCUGGAGAGCUUUGAUUGGUCAAAGAUUACGCGCUUAUUCCUCCUCAGGGAAUAAUGCUUAAGCUCAUUAACUUGUCAAGGCGGAGCUACGAAACAAUAGCUUAGAAAGUUAUUGUUUAUGCUAUUGUUAGAAGAAUAUCACACAUUACGUGCGCGUGUUACAACCUGGAAUAGCGUUCGAUUUUGAGACCGUUCGUUACAUAUUCAUCUAUUUCUUCAUCUUACUCAAUAAACACUUUGGUUCUAUCACUACCCGUUUAGGAUUUGAUUUUCAUUGGAAAAAUUUACCUGCACAAUUUUUCUAAAAUAGAAAGGAGGUUAUGAGGUCUGUAGGUCACUCUGACACUUGUUUCUUUGAAACGAAAUAAAAGUCACACACGAGGCAGCCAGUAAAAGAGAGCAACUCACGUGCCCUCUGUCUACUCCUCGUGUUUCAGCUGCCGGCUGGUUGGUUCCCGUGCAGGUUCUCUUUGUUUGCGUCUCACAAGCUUUUAGUUCGCCUUUUUCCUUUGGGGAGAAAAAGACUGCUACACGGGGUAGCAAAAAAAUUUGUCUUACUUCUGUUCACGCGCUUUAUUUGCAUUCUACUAUCUUCGCUAACCAAAGGUAAAGUUUUCAUUGUUUGGUGAUGGGGGAGGCCUAGCGGCCUCCCUAUAAUGUCUACUGAUUAUUAGUCGACAUGGCCCUUUGGAGUCAAAGCUUCCAAAACUUUUUUUACCCCAAAGGGCAUUUUGUUCUGCUUUUCAGUAUGCUCAAGUAUUUGGAAGUCUUAUUAUCCAGUGCCCAAAUCCGGUGUGGAGUUACGGGACGUAGAUUUGAUGAAACCUCCUCCAGCUGGUAACGUUGAUCCCAACAUUGAGGCAGCCAUGAAGGAACUAGUUGACAGGUAUCGAACUGUCAGGCAAAGGACGGUAAGACAAAGCGGAAGCCCUGCCGCUGGCUGUAUAUUCCAGUACGUCAUCGUGUACUAG